AUGGCAGAACUGCAGCCUAUAAUUCCUCGAGACGAGAAUAACCAUGGAAACCUCGCGGCUCCUCAAGACACGCCAGAACCGGUCCCAAUUACUGACCAAGAGGUGGGAGAGUAUCGCGAACAAGAUCGGUUUCUUCCUAUCGCCAAUGUUGCGCGAAUAAUGAAAGGUUCUGUCCCACCAACAGCCAAAAUCGCGAAAGACGCGAAGGAAUGCGUUCAGGAAUGCGUCUCGGAGUUCAUAUCUUUCAUCACGUCGGAGGCAGCAGAGAAAUGCCAACUUGAGAAGCGGAAGACAAUCGGCGGAGAAGAUAUUCUGUACGCGAUGGGCGCGUUGGGAUUCGACAACUAUGCGGAGACCUUGAAGAUUCACCUCGCAAAACUACGUCAGAACGGUACAGCCAACUCCGCGAACGCCAUCCGGGAACAUCCUAUAGAACCCAGAAUGGACGGGGAAUGA